GACUGACUGAGCUGGUUUUAACUCGUUUAAAUGAAUAUGCGUCCUAAGGGGGAGGAGACACUUAAAGGAUGAAUUCACAAAGUAAAAUCUGUAGCCAAUGAAAAGCGGAAAAGGUCGAAUAUGCUAAUGAGCUCUUGACAGCUGAGAGCGAGUCCAGGCGCAGCGCGUGAGGAGAGAGGAGCGUCUCAAACUCGCGGGAUUUGAUCAUGAAUCACGAAUCCUCUUCAUGAAGAUCUGCCGCGCGCGUUCUCUCGUGAGUGAUGUAUCGUUUGUUGUCGCUGGAGCGCGGGCGACGGAAGCGGCGGCUCGAGCUCAGUCUAGCGGGGAUAUAUGAGCUCGAGAUGCUCAAGCAGCGGCACGAGACGCUCAUCAGUCGCGCGCUCGCGCUGCACGCGCCCGACAGCCCGAUCCGGACGCACGACGACUGCAGCCCGAGACGCCCGCCGGACACCUCCUGGAGUCUGAUGAACAUUCUACAGCAUCAGGUUGGAGAGUUGAGGGUGGAUACAGACAGCAGCUCAGUGGAGCCCCCUACAGACGCUGGAGACCCUCAGCAUUCCUCGGGUUUGUGUGAACAGAUUGAAGCUCAGUCUUCAGUCAGUGUGUUGGACUCGUCUGGUCUCAGUGAGAUCUCUCAGUGGUCCGCUCACAGUGUCCACCUCACAGAGAGACCCAAAUCUGCUGGUGAUGUGUUUGCUGUUGAUCGUGAUGGGAACAGUGGGAUGCGAGCAGUGGUCCCUCGCUCUCUCUCUGCACCCCACCCCCCGCUGGAGGGCAUCACAGAGGGCCUCGGGGAAGAUGAGCUAUGGUCCUGGCGGUCCGCAGACGAAGACCCCACAGCAGAGGACUACAGAAAGGCUCAGCGCGUGGAGACGUUCAUCCUCAGUCUGAUCCAGCGCCGCUCUCUUUCUCUCAGACCUAAUAAACCUCGGACCAGCCUGGGACCUGAGACCAGAGGGGUGGUCCGACAGGCUUAUAAAGAGUCACCCUACAGCCCUGAGCGGUCCAAGUCCUCGCCCAGUCCAGAGAGACACGCGUGGAGCCGUCGCGGUCUGGACGACGAGCAGCACGUCCGUUACCCCAAACCCGCCCUUGCUGGGAUUCGCUCUACCUCGCUGGAUUUUCCGUGUGCCGCUUUGGACCCCAGCAGCAGCGAAACCGAAUCGCCGCAACAUUUCCAGGGUUACCCGCCGCCCCGCUCGGCCUCCUCUGAUGAGCAGCUGGUGAACGGUCAGUAUAUCCCAGCACAGCCCUGUCACGCUCAAACCAGAGCCACGCCCCAGCGGGCGCACGUCACCCCAAAACCCGCCCGCGGCACGUACUCCCCUGAGAGGGUCCCGGCGAAGACCAGAGCCGCCCAGAAGAAGUGUCGCUUCACAGAAGAAAAGGUCACGUCGAAGAAGCCGGGCCGAAAAGCCUGUCGCGCCCAAUCAGAGAACAGUUUACUGGGCCAGCGAGUCUCAGAGCGCAAAUAUAACACGGUGGAGCGGGACGCCAGCCGAAGCGUUCAGCCCAAAACACGCCGCCCGCCAGGAGCCUCCGGUCACCGCCGAUGGCGCUCCACGCUGGAGCUGAGUCAGGAUGAAGCCGAGCCUCCUCCCGAACAACCAAUCAGGCGCUCCCGCAAACCUAGACCCGCCCCUCCUCCCUGCGUUUACAGCCAGCCGUCGCAGCACCAUCAUCAGCCUCACCUCCGUGCCGAAUACCCUCAGCGCGCCCCUCUGUGCCUGCCGGACCCCGUCGCGGGAGAGUCUGAGUCCAGUCUGAGCGAGGCGGAGUCGCCGGGGUCCAGCUCUCUCUCCAGUGACUCUGAUGAGAGCGGGGGGUUGGUGUGGCCACAGCAGCUCCCCCCGCAGCUGGCACCGCCCUCUCCACCCGCCGGAACCUCACCGCAGCCCAAAGCCUUCGUCAAGAUCAAAGCGUCUCAUGCGCUCAAAAAAAAGAUCCUGCGAUUCCGAACUGGAUCUCUCAAAGUCAUGACCACCGUGUGAGACGAGUUGUCACUUGUGUUAUGCAGAUCCAUUUCAUUAUAUUUAAUAGAUUAUCUGAAACACUACAUUCUCCGUUCUUCUUCUGUUCAGUUCAUUCCUGCUCCUGUCAUUUCAUCUGGGGCGGGCCUUGUUUAAAAUCAGUCCCAUUUCAUGAACUUCAUUCAGAAUUUUCCCUAACCCUAACACACACACACGGGUUUCUGUGUUUUAUGGGGACAUUCCAUUGAUCCAUUGAUAUAUCAGGCUUAUGAUAUAUUCUAUCCCCUAACCCAACACCUAAACCUAAUAAUCACACAAACCUUUCUGCAGUUUUUAAUUUUCAAUAAAUAUCAUUUUGUAGGAUUUAUAAGCUGUUUUCCCUCAUGGGGACAAGGUCCUUCUAUCCCCACAAGGUCAAAAUCUACUGGUAUUACUAUCUUUGUGGGGACAUUUUUUCCUCACACAGUGAUGCAUACCAGUACACACACACACACAAAGAACUUAAAUGAUUAUUCCUUUAUUUAUUUAUUUUACUAACUAUAUGAGAACACAUCAGGACUUUAUUAUGAAUGUAACAUGACUUUUAAAACUAUUUUAACUUGACAUGACAUCAGACACACGCACACACGUGUUUAUGAUGAUGUCUCAUGAUGGCUGAUUGUCUUUAUGAAUGUAAUCUGUAAAUAAAGAUCUGAUACUCUGAGGAUCAAGAGCUGUAAACCUCUGCUCUGUUCUUUGUUUGUGAAUAUUGUGUGUUUCAUGUUCACAAGCAGGCGCAGCACCAAAUAAAGUU